CAGCGUGGUGGCGCGGCGCAACGACCCCGCCACCCUCAACUGCGCCGCCUCCGGGGCCACCCGCAUCCGCUGGUACCGCGACGGCGAAGAAGUGACCACGUCGACGCAGGACCCACGCUCCCACCGGGUCGUUCUGCCGUCGGGCUCGCUCUUCUUCCUGCGCGUGGCCACCUCCAAGAGGGACAGCGACGCCGGCACCUACUGGUGCGUGGCCUCCAACAGCCACGGCGCCACGCGCUCCCACAACGCCACCCUCACCGUGGCCACGCUCGCCUACGACUUCCAGAGCCAGGCCGACCCCGUGGUGAGGGCGCGCGUCGGGGACUCUGUCGUGCUGCCGUGCCGCCCGCCCAAGGGCUCUCCGCCCCCCGAGGUCACCUGGCUCAGGGACUCCCACGAGGUCACCAACUCCAGUCGGAUCUCCGUGUCUCAGGCGGGCGAUCUCGUCAUCAGUCAGGCCGUCGAGGAGGACUCGGCCUCCUACGUGUGUCGCGCCCGCAACGCCGCGGGCGCCGGGAGUCCACGCCCACCAAGCUCACCAUCCCCUAACGGAGCUCUCUCCCCCGCAGCGCCGCCCUGGUUCGAGGAGCGUCCGGCGAACGUGACCGUCGCGUCGGGCGUGGUGGUGGAGCUGGCGUGCCGCGCCCGAGGCUCGCCCCGCCCACGGUCACCUGGCGGCGUCUCGACGCAAGAUGCCGCUCGGCCGCGCUAUGAUCGAGGACCAACGGCUGGUGGAGAGCGAGGCGGGGAUCGCCGCGGCCGGGCCACUCUCACCGUGAUCGACGCCCCCGAGUUCGCUCAGCGGCCGCAGGACGUCCAGGUGGUGGCUGGCCAGAGCGCCAGGCUCUCGUGCAAGGUCGAGGGCGACCCCAAGCCCCUCCUGCUGUGGCGCCUUCCCACCCAGGACAGGACAGCUCUGCUCGCCGCCGGCCAGAGCAGCGGCCACGCCUCCGUCGCCGACCAGGGCCAGACUCUCCUGCUCGGCGACGUCAGCACGCACGACAGCGGAGCCUACUACUGCUGGGGCGUCAGCAGCGGCGGCGGCGUCAGCGCCCGCUCGGAGGUGGUGGUCGUGGCGGCGUAUCCCCCUCCUGUAAUCGGAGUAGGACCCCAGGAUCUUACAGUAUCCCCAGGUAGUGUGGCCACUUUCCCCUGUGAAGCUGUGAGUGAGGCUGCCCCUCCUGCUAUUUCCUGGUGGUAUCGUCCGGCGGUUCAUUUGCCAGCGAGACAGCUUUCGGAAGGUGGAAACAGUGGUAGGGUCUCCCUUCCAGCCAAUGGCGCCCUCAUCCUGAAGGACGUCCGGGCCGACGACGCCGGCAUCUACAGCUGCCACAUCAACGCGGACACCGGCAGCGUGGAGCAGGCGGCGGUCCUGCGGGUGGAGGACGGCGCCCAGGACGCGGGGCCGUUCCUGCUGCCGGCGCCGCCGUCCAAGCCGCGCCUCAUGGCUGUCAACCAGACCGCUGUGCACCUGAGCUGGCUGCCCAACUCCCAGAUGGGCGGAGGGUCCGACCAGACGUACACGGUGGAGUUCUGGCGCCAGGGCUGGGAGGAGUGGCGGGUGGCGGACGCCCUCAUCUCGCAGGAGUCGUGUGUGGUGGGCGGGCUGACGCCUGGCCACACCUACACCUUCCUGGUCCGUGCAGUCAACUCACGAGGGGCGUCGUUCCCGAGUCCCUGGUCUGACCCGGUCACGACCCGCUCUCCCCGCGACCCGAGUCUCACGGAGGACGAGGUCCGUCACGUUCGCCGCCGCCUCUCGCGCCCCGCCGUCACACUCACCGACGCCACAGUAACAUCAGCCAGUGAUAUUGUCCUCAACUGGAAGUUCCUAACAUCGACAGAAGAGUCAGUGGAGGGUGUCUUGGUGUAUGCUGUGAGUGAAUCGGGCGCCGUGCAAGUAGCCACCGUCCUGGGAUCCUCGUCCUCCUCGCACCUGCUGCAUGAACUGAAGCCCAACACCCAGUACACCUUCUUCCUCGUCCCUUUUUGGCACAGCGUUGAAGGCACGCCGUCGAACUCCCAGUCGCUGAAGACUCCUCAGGACGUUCCUCUGGUGGCUCCUGGAGAUGUUCGGGUGUCGACGCGCGAGGAAGGCUCGGUUCUCAUCACAUGGUCGACUCUUGCCCCGGAGUUAGCCCGAGGGAAGAUCAUAGGCUACCAGGUUACCCUCAGCCACAACGGAACCCACACGACGAAGACCGUGACGAACCCUUGGCUGGAGGCGAACGACCUCGUAUCAGGUCGACUGUACACCGUCCGUGUUGCUGCCCUCACGGAAGCUGGUCCCGGCCCGUUCACCGCUCCUGUGCUGAUGGACGCUGGCCCCUCUGACGCUCAGACGCGCCACCAAGAUGACGAGGACGACGGCUCUGUCUUGUACGCCCCGCCACAAACGGCUUGGCUGGUGUACCUGUUGAUUCCGGUGGUGCUGCUGUUAUCUGUCAUUACGCUGUUCUACGUGAGGCGUUUACGGGGCAAAUCAACGCCCUCUAACCCGCCUCACGCCCCUGCCCUCUAUCAGGACCCGUCCCUCUACUCAGCCCACCAUUCGGUCAACAUGUACGGAGAACAGAAGCUGUGGCGACCGUCGGAUAGUGAUAAGGAUUCCAGUCUCUCCUCGAAGCGGCUCCUUCAUCCCGACCAGCCAGCGAACGAGUACGCGGAGCCGAAGAUCCAGCGAGUCAACGACAUGACGGAACCCUACGCACGGAUAGAGCCGUCGCCGCCGGCAUGGCAUGGGCCUCCUCGGCAGCAUCACAGCGAUGACUCGGGAGUGCAGGUGAACUGGGCCGCCAUUAUCCCGCCCCCGCCGAGCUGUCCUCCUCCACAGAACUUCGACCUGGGCGACCCGAUGGGCGUGACCAGCGACCCUCUGGGCGUCAGGAUGGUAUGUCCCACAACGGCCAUGUAUGGGGGGAGUAAGAGCAGUGGAUCGGACCAGUACGAGCAUGCCUCCGACGGAAGCAGCAUGGAUAGCGAGAGCUGA